AGGUGCCUAAGAUCUGGCUAGGAGACCACACAAGGUUUAAGCUGUUUUCUCAGCGUCAAUGCAAGAUUUCUGACAAUAAAAGGUAAGCCGUUGACAUCGCGAAAAGUGAUCCGCCGUGCGUAAAAAGCAGUCGUUUAGUUCCCAGGUGCGCCACAGAAUGCCCCGGCUGACUCCAGCCACGUGGACCGCUCACAACAACAACAACAACAUGUUAAGUCCUGUCCUCUCUGAUGCACUCAUCCCACCCCCACCAACAAAACUCCGCGCGCCGUCCUCGCCGCGUCUCUCUCUGGCCCCGCACCAGCACCUCUCCAUCUCGCCGUACCAUUAGACUACCGAAGGAGGGGCCGUUCGGAUGACGGUCCCGCGGAGGGGAGGGUACGAGAGGCGGGACCAAAGUCUUCCCCGCUUCUCGGCGCUGACGAGUACGGGACUAGGGCUGGAGAGAUCGCCGGGGAGCAUCGUCACCACUCCUGCACGGAGCCUCGCCUGGCCGAAUACUGCACAGUGCACACGUCGGGAUUGCAAAACAUUCCUGAGAAAUAUACCUGCUAUUUAUGGCAUGUGGCUGGUAACUUUACUCCUGCUGUAUUCUUUUCAAGAAGUGCACAGCGAGGAUGUGGUCUCGACGCGGCUGUACUUUGUGAAUGCUUCCCUGCAGAGAGUGACCUUCUCCAGCUCAGUGGGGGUGUCCCUGCCCUGUCCUGCGGGUGGCGCCCCCCAUGCCGUCCUCCGCUGGUACCUGGCCACCGGCGACGACAUCUACGACGUGCCACACAUCCGCCACGUUCACGCCAACGGCACGCUGCAGCUCUACCCCUUCUCCCCCUCUGCCUUCAACAGCUUCAUUCAUGAUAAUGACUACUUCUGCACUGCCGAGAACCAGGCCGGCAAGAUCCGCAGCCCUAGCAUCCGUGUCAAAGCAGUGUUCAGGGAACCUUACACGGUUCGCGUGGCGGACCAAAGGUCCAUGCGGGGCAACGUGGCCGUCUUCAAGUGCCUCAUCCCCUCUGCUGUGCAGGAGUACGUCAGUGUGGUGUCCUGGGAGAAGGACACGGUCUCCAUCAUCCCAGGUAACAGGUUUUUCCUGACAUCAUAUGGGGCCCUCUACAUAUCUGACGUUCAGAAAGAGGAUGCCCUGUCCACCUACCGCUGCAUCACCAAGCACAAAUACAGCGGAGAAACCAGGCAGAGCAAUGGAGCUCGUCUCUCUGUGCUGGACCCCACUGAAUCCCCGCCUUCUGUGAUGGACAGUUUCCAGUCAGGAGAGGUACAAGUGGGGCGCAGCAUAGAGUUGCCCUGCAUCGCCUCCGGUUACCCAAACCCCACCAUCCGCUGGCUGAAGGAUGGGAGGCCGCUUCCCGCUGACUCCCGCUGGACGCGGCGACUGACCGGCCUCACAAUCAGCGAUCUCCGCCUGGAAGACUCUGGAAACUACAUCUGUGAAGUCACCAACAGCUUUGGCUCCAAAGAGGUCACAGGACACCUUAAUGUCAUCGAGCCUCUGAGAGUCACAUUAUCCCCCAAGAACCUGAAAACAGGCAUCAGCAGCACAGUGAUUCUGUCCUGUGCUGUUCAGGGCUCGCCCCACUUCACCGUCUCCUGGUUCCGCAACACAGAACCCAUUGUGCCUGACCAGCACUUCUCCAUCCAGGGAGCCCACAACGAGACACUCUUCAUCACGGCAGCCCAGAAAAGACACUCAGGGGCAUAUCAGUGCUUUGCCACCCGCAAGGGUCAGACCGCACAGGACUUCUCCAUCAUACUGCUUGAGGACGGCACCCCACGGAUCGUCUCGUCUUUCAGUGAGCGCGUUGUAGCCCCUGGCGAGCCCUUCUCUCUCAUGUGUGCGGCCAAAGGCGCCCCUCCCCCCACCAUCACCUGGACGCUGGACGACGAGCCGGUAGCGCGGGACUCGGCGCACCGGGCCAGCCAGUACACGCUCUCCGACGGCUCCACUGUCUCGCACGUCAAUGUCACCAACCCCCAGAUCCGCGAUGGGGGCGUGUACCGCUGCGCCGCACGCAACUCGGCCGGUAGCGCCGAGUACCAAGCGCGCAUAAACGUAAGAGGUCCUCCCAGUAUCCGGGCCAUGCGGAACAUCACAGCCGUGGCCGGUCGCAACACUUUCAUUAACUGUCGUGUGAUUGGUUACCCCUAUUACUCCAUCAAGUGGUAUAAAGACGGGGUGCCGUUGCCAGACAACCAUCGUCAGGUGGUGUACGAGAACGGGACUCUGAAGUUGAGCGAUGUGCAGAAGGGCAUGGAUGAGGGGGCGUAUCAGUGCAGUGUGCUCAUCCAACCCCAGCUCUCCAUCAGCCAGACUGUCUACGUCACAGUCAAAGUUCCUCCCCUCAUCCAGCCCUUUGACUUCCCUCCCACCUCCAUUGGUAAACUGAUGUACAUAGCGUGCGUGGUGUCCUCCGGAGACAUGCCAAUCCGGAUCACCUGGAGGAAAGACGGGCAGGAGAUUGUGUCGGGAACGUCGGGAGUCACCAUCGAAACCAAGGAGUUCAUGAGCUCCCUUCAGAUCUCCGAAGUUUCGCUCAAGCACAACGGAAACUAUACCUGUAUUGCAAGCAACAACGCAGCAACUGUCAGUUCAGAGAGACAACUCAUUGUGACAGUUCCCCCUGGUUUUCGGGUUCAGCCUAAUAACCAGGAUGGGAUCUAUGGCAAGUCAGAGGUUCUCAACUGCUCUGUGGAAGGGUACCCUCCUCCCAAAGUUGUCUGGAAGCAUGCCAAAGGUAUAGGGAACCCCCAGCAGUACCACCCAGUUCCACUGACGGGUCGCAUCCAGAUCCUGUCCAACGGUUCUUUGCUGAUCCGCCACGUUCUAGAGGAAGAUCGGGGAUACUACCUGUGCCAGGCCAGCAACGGAGUGGGGUCCGACAUCAGCAAGAGCAUGAUGCUCACCGUUAAAAUUCCGGCUAUGAUCACAUCCCACCCAAAUACCACCAUGGCCAUAAAGGGGCAGAACAAGGAGUUAAACUGCACAGCCCGGGGCGAGUACCCCAUCAUCAUCCGCUGGGAGCGAGGCGACACCGUUAUUGACCCCGACCGCAACCCUCGGUACUCCAUCACCACCAGCCCCAAUGAAAAAAGCGAUGAAGUUAUCUCCACACUGAAGCUGAAGCCAGCGGAGCGCGGGGAUUCUGUCUUUUUCUCCUGCCACGCCAUCAACUCAUACGGCGAGGGCCGAGGGCUCAUCCAGCUGACGGUGCAAGAACCCCCUGACCCCCCAGAGCUGGAGGUUCGAGAGGUCAAAGAUCGGAGUAUGAACCUAAGAUGGACGCAGCGGUUUGACGGCAAUAGCAUCAUCACCAGCUACGACAUUGAGUACAAGAACAAAUCCGACCCGUGGGAGCUGAAACAUGCCACCCGUAAGAUCUCGCCCACCAACAACCAGGCCAACAUUGUGGAGCUCCACCCGGCGUCAGUGUACAGCAUUCGCAUGUACUCCUACAACAAGAUCGGACGCAGUCAAGCCAGCAAAGAGCUGACCAUCAGCACAGAGGAAGCACCUCCUGAUGGACCACCCAUGGAGGUGAUUUUACAGCCAAUGACUUCUCAGAGUAUCCGCGUCACAUGGAAGGCACCUAAGAAAGAGCUCCAAAAUGGAGUGAUCCGUGGCUAUCAGAUCGGUUAUAGGGAGAAUGGACCAGGCAGUAAUGGACAGUACAGUAUAGUGGAGAUGAAAGCCACAGGUGACAGUGAGGUGUACACACUGGAUAACUUGAAGAAGUUUGCUCAGUAUGGUGUGGUGGUCCAGGCGUUCAACCGAGCCGGAACCGGACCUUCCAGUUCUGAGAUCAAUGCCACAACACUUGAAGAUGUUCCCAGCCAGCCACCCCAAAAUGUGCGGGCAAUCACGGUGACAUCGGACGAGGCGGUGAUCACGUGGUCGGAGCCUCCGCGGAUGACCCUGAAUGGGGUUCUGAAGGGCUACCGUGUGGUGUUCUGGUCCCUCUACCCCGAUGGAGGUGGGUGCUGUGGGGGCCAGACACUGGGGCUCAACCAGAAAUGGGGAGAGAUGCAGAACAUCACUACCACUCGUGAGCAGGUGGAGCUGAAGGGUUUGGAGAAGUUCACGAACUACAGCAUUCAGGUCCUGGCCUACACACAGGCAGGAGAUGGCGUCCGCAGCAACGUACUCUACAUACAGACCCGAGAAGAUCACCCCGGCCCUCCAGCGGGCAUCAAAGCAGUGCCAUCCUCUGCCAGCAGUGUUGUGGUCUCCUGGCUUCCCCCCAUCAAGCCCAAUGGUAUCAUCCGAAAAUACACAAUUUACUGUUCCAGCCCUGGAUCGGGCCAACCGGCACCCAGCGAAUACGAAGCCAACCCUGAGCUGCUGAUAUACAGAAUCACUCACCUAACCCGGGGUCAGCAGUAUCUGAUCUGGGCGGCUGCCGUCACCACUGCUGGUCGGGGCAACAUCAGCGAGAAGGUGACUGUGGAGCCUGCUGGGAAAGCUCCUGCUAAAAUCCUAUCUUUUGGUGGAACGGUGACCACUCCAUGGAUGAAGGAAGUCCGGCUGCCGUGCAGCUCGGUGGGAGAGCCAACACCCACCAUCAAAUGGACCAAAGACAGUGAGGACACCGCCAUCCCGGUCACUCAAGAUGGUCACCGCAACAUUCUUUCAAAUGGUACCCUGGUGCUACGCUCUGUGAAAGCCGAGGAUUCUGGGUACUACACCUGCACAGCCACCAACACACUGGGGUUUGACACAAUCAUCGUAAACCUGCUGGUACAAGUGCCUCCAGAUCAACCACGUUUGACCGUUUCCACCACAUCAACUUCUUCUAUCACUCUAGCUUGGAUUCCUGGAGACAAUGGAGGAAGUUCCAUUAGAGGUUUUGUGCUGCAGUAUUCAGUAGAUAACACUGAGGAGUGGAAGGAUGUCUUCAUUAGCUCCAGCGAACGCUCUUUCAAGUUGGACAACUUGCGCUGUGGAACCUGGUACAAAGUCAAACUUGCAGCAAAAAACAGUGUGGGAGCCGGUCGCAUCAGCGAGAUCAUUGAGGCCAAGACUCAUGGCAGAGAGCCGCAAUUCAAUAAGGACCAGCCCCUGUUCACCCACAUCAACUCCACCCACGCCCGCCUCAACCUGCAGGGCUGGACGAGCGGCGGCUGCCCCAUCACUGCUGUCCUUCUAGAGUUCCGCCCCAAAGGCACCUGGGCCUGGCAGAGCGUGCGCACCAACGCCUCGGCUGAUAUCUUCCUCGCCGAGCUGCGUGAGGCCACCUGGUAUGAGCUGAAGAUGAAGGCGUGCAACAGCGCCGGCUGUGGGAACCAGAGCUCCCAGUUUGCCACGCUAGAUUAUGAUGGCAGCACUAUUCCGCCUAUUAAAUCAGCGCGAGGGGAAGGGGACGAUGUUAAAAAGCUUUUCUCUAUCGGCUCCCCUGUCAUCCUGGUCACAUUGGGCAUGGCGCUACUCUUCAUUAUCCGCAAGAAACGCAAAGAAAAGAGACUCAAGAGACUCAGAGAUGCUAAGAGCUUGGCUGAGAUGCUUAUCAGCAGUAAGAACAAUCGAAGUUUUGACACUCCAGUUAAAGGCCCACCUCAGGGACCCCGGCUGCACAUAGAUAUCCCCCGCGUGCAGCUGCUCAUCGAGGAUAAAGAGGGAAUCAAACAGAUAGGUGAAGACAAGGCCACCAUCCCUGUGACCGACACAGAGUUCAGCCAAUCAGUGAACCCUCAGAGCUUCUGUACGGGCGUGUCUGUGCAUCACCCCGCCCUCAUACAGAACACAGGCCCUUUGAUUGAUAUGUCGGACAUCAGGCCUGGCACCAAUCCAGUAUCGAGGAAGAGCGUGAAGUCUGCGCAUAGCACGAGGAACCGCUAUUCCAGCCAGUGGACUCUGACUAAAUGCCAGGCAUCCACACCUGCUCGCACGCUUACCUCAGACUGGCGGACAGUGGGCUCCCAGCAUGGCAUCACGGUCACAGAAAGUGACAGCUACAGUGCCAGCCUGUCCCAGGACACAGAUAAGGGACGUAACAGUAUGGUGUCCACAGAGAGUGCGUCUUCCACGUAUGAGGAGCUGGCCCGAGCGUACGAACACGCUAAGCUGGAAGAGCACCUGCAGCACGCCAAGUUUGAGAUCACAGAGUGCUUCAUCUCAGACAGCUCCUCCGAUCAGAUGACCACGGGAACCAAUGAUAACGCAGACAGCAUGACCUCUAUGAGCACACCAUCCGAACCGGGCAUCUGUCGCUUCACUGCCUCCCCACCCAAACCACAAGACUACGACCGCGGCAAAAACGUGGCAGUGCCCAUUCCCCACCGCGCCAACAAGAGUGAGUACUGUAACCUCCCCCUCUACAUGAAGACGGACCCUUUCUUCCGGAAACAGGCAGAGCUGCACGACCCCUGCCCUGUGGUCCCACCCCGCGAGGCCUCCAUCCGGAGCCUCGCCGCCCGGGCCUACCACACACAGGGCCGCCACAUGACAUUAGACCCCUCCAAGCAGCAGGCCCUGACGCUGGGCCACGGCGGCCUGAGCAGCCUGACCAGCUCAGGGGCCUCCGGUACGUCGGGCCCAGCCUCAAGCGGGGCCGCUGGGAGCUCCAGCAUCAGCUCAGGCACGGCCACCCUGCCCCAGAGGACUCUCACCAUGCCCAGCACCUCCUCCACCUCCUCGGCCCCAAGCGGGGCGGCCGCCGGAGCAGGAGCCAGUGCAAGCUCCACGGGAGGCAGCGGCCCGACGCCCGGCAGCUCCAAGGUCGGGGGAUCCAGAGACUCUCUGCUAGAGAGCAGCUCGUCCGGCCUGGGCAGACUGCAAAAGCAGAAUGCUGGGGCGUACUCCAAAUCCUACACUCUGGUGUAGCUCACACGUAUACACAUACAGUACGUUCACACACACACCUGGAGUCUGGGCAGGGGCGGAAACGAACAAUGGCGGGACAGGGGUCUCUCUCUUUUCCUCUCUUUUACCUUUAUUUGCUUUCCUUUUUUUAAUUCUUCUGCUCAAGCUUUUUAUCUGGCCUUCUCCAGGAUUAAAUAUGCCAAACCCCCAGACCCUUUCCCCUGAUUUUGCCUUGUUUUUGACUUAAGUUGUAUCCUUCUCUCCCCCACCCCCCACUCCUUCUCUCUGUCAAAGACACCUUGGACCUUAUGCACGAAAUGCUUUCCAUGUGCACUUGUUCAUUUGAUUUCUCGACUUCAGAAAAUAGGAAAAAGCGGUUUUAAGAGAUAUAUUGUUUCGCAUUGACCCGUCUAGAUGUUUUUAGGCUGUUGAAAAAGUGUCUCUUUUUUAUGUCUCUCGCAUAGCUUCAUACUGCAACGCAUUGCCUCGGAAAGCUUAUGCAUAAACGAAUCCACCACGGUGUUCACCUUCCGCCCCUCCUGAUCCACAUCGGUCUGGAAAAACAGCUUGAAGACGAAAGUCUCAACCGCCUGAAUCGAGUCUUUGGGAUUUUUUUCAUGCAAUUGAUGACACAGUAUAGAGUGUUAUUGACUAUUUUGUAAACAAACAAGAAAAAAAAAUCAAGAAAAAAAUGUCUGGAGCCAUUUUCACAGCGGAUGUAUGGUUACUGUACUUUUAUUUUUUUGUUGGGUUUUCUGUUUUCGAAAUUUUGAACUUUAGCACUAAGGAGGGCCAGGUGGAUCCACUGAGCUUUCUCAAGCUUGUGUAUGUGUGGUGUGUGUGUAUGCAUGUGUAUGUAUAUGUGUAAAUAUAUAUGUAUACAUGUGGCAAGCACACAACCAGGCCUACACGCUUGGUCUCUCGGCAUCGGAAAGGGAGCGGCUUGGAGACGCCAAGUGCCACCCAUUGAGCUACAUGGUCUAGAGUUCGUCUGAAAGGGGGACAGGAUAUAGGGAGUGUGUAAAGGGUAGACGCGUCUCCCUUCUCAUCUCUCUUGGCUGCCUUCGAUAUGAAAGAAAGGCUCUUGUUUUGCUGUUUGUUGGUUGGUUCGUUCGUUUGUUCGAUUGUUUGUGUUUGAUGCCAUAUACUUAUUACCCCUCCUUCCCCACCCAGACCUCCCCAAAAACGUCACCACUUCCUCUGUCUCACUGUGAACGCCUAACAGCCUCUCCUGGAUGGACCGAGCACAGGCAGAAAGGCGGGAAGAGGGCAGAGAGGUAGGGAGGAAUUAGAGGCAGACGGGCCCGUGAACAGAGAGGGAGAGAUAUCUGCCGUCGCUGUGUAGCUUUUCUGCGUUUGUUCAUCGUUUCUCUUUAUUCUUUGCUUUCCUUCCCCACACGAAGACUCUAGCGGUCAUUCCUAUUUGAAGGUCAUAGAGACUCUAGCUUUAGGUAGCGCAGGGGUGGAUAAAGGAGGGAAUGAGUGAAAUGUAGGAGGGGAAGGUUUCAUUCAGCCCCAAAAUGAAUCGAAUAUCCUCUCAAUCCUCCUUCGUUCACUCAGUUUCCAAAGCAAAGCCCCAUCACAGAGAAACUUCCAAAAAUCGACAAACUCUCCCAAUGAUUUCAAUGGAAAAAAGUACUACAUCAGGGCUCCUGCAAUACAAAAGAAGAAAAAAAAAAGAAAAUAUAUUGCAAUGUUUGUUGUCAAAAUAUAUACAUAUAUAUUUCUAUCUAAAGAUAUAGUAAAUAUAUACGUGGUGAGAGCAGAGAUUUAAUGCCAUAUCUAAUUGAAAAAGAAAAAUUUUAUUUUAAAAAAAGAUUUGAAGACAAUCGCUCAGUGGGAGGUGCAGCAGUAAGCGAGAGGAGGUGUCGAUCACGAAACGCUGAGACAAACGGGUAACAUAACUAAGAGAGAUUGAAAAAGAACGGCAGAGGGUGUGUUUCGACAUGCCGCAGCAGUCGCCGUUUUGGGAAUUCUGGGAAAAGACCUUUGAGAUUCCCAAACUAACUUCCUGUCAUCGUUAUAAUCAGCCGGGCUGCAUAGUGCAACGUGCCUGUAUGGUACGAAGGAGAUAUUUAUGGACAUUUCCCAACACACUCUCUACAGUUGCUUGGAAACAAUGGAAAUUUGCCACCGCAACUCCAGCUCGUAGAUGGACCCACGACAUCUGUGAGCGCCAUCUGAAUCCGUGCACCAUCUCUACUGCCCAAACGAAUAGUAUAAAAUACCCACAGUGCUUAGAGAGCUUUCCGUCAGGCCCUUAAAGAGACCGUUCACCCAAAAUUGAAAAUUCGGUCAUCAUUUACUCAACCUCAUGUCGUUCCAAACCGGUAUGACUUUAUUUUUUCUGUGGAACACAAAAGAAAAUGUUUUGAAGUGUUGUUUUUUUUUUCCUAUAAAAAGAAAAAAGGGGAGAUGCAAAGUUAUCUCACCACUGUUGGAGUUUUCAUAAAAAGGCGGCCCCGUCUGCAGGUAUGAGUGUGAUUAAUUAGCCAAAAUUGAGGAAACACAAAGAUGAUUACAUUAGGGCUUUUCACACUGCGCUUAACCCUGGGUUAUCGUCGUUCUAAACACAGCUUGUUUUAGCCCCGGGUAAAGGCAAGUUUCCCACUAAUUUAGAAGCGGGGUUAGCACCUCUUUUUACCCGGGGUUAUGAAACCCUGCUCUGGAGCAGGAUUAGCCCCGCUUUUGCAGUGUUAACUCCACAUUGCGGUGCCAAACUUGUACAGUGUGAAAUGAUGCAGCUAGAUGCUUAGUAACAGACAACCAAUCGCGUACUCUUAUUUGCCUGCUUUGGACAGUCACGGAAAAAUUGCACAUUGUAUAUAAACAGUAAAUUCAGCAUUUGAGAGGAAAAAUGUCAAAUUCCGACAGAAAACGCAACAAUUUGAGUGAAGAUCUUUUCAUUCUUACCUUUAUAGUCUGAAAUGUUCAUUCAGUAUAAACUCGAUAGUACAGUCGGCAAUACGAGGAUGCGCAAUGCUAGAGCCAGGGUUGCCAGGUUUUCACAACAAAACCUGCCCAAUUGCUACUCAAAACUAGCCCAAUCAAGUUUUAACGGGGGGUCCCACAGUAAAAAUCACGUUCCGGGGGGUAAAAUCUGUGUUUUUGGCGGAGCUCCCCAGGUAAAAGUUGCAUUCCAGGGGCUAAAUGUCAUGUUAUUUGGGGUCGCUUCAACCCGCGGACAUGAAAAACAACCCGCGGCAACAGUGUAAAUGUAGCCCAAUUCCACGGGAAAACCACAGACGUGGCAACACUGGCUAGAGCUUAUGUAAACAGGACGCGUGCUACUUUCAUCCAAUCAGUGACACUGAUACUGCAAAUAUGCAAAUAAGAACUUUAACCCAGGGUUUAGGAAUACCCAGGAUUAAUUGUUAAAUUAUGAGCAGUGUAAAACGUGAAGCAAGAUAACCCAGGGCUUAGAAUGACCCAGGGUUAACUAUUUCAACAGUGAAAAGCCCUAUUAUUUUUCACCAAAAUUUCUAUAGAUAUUGCAAUAAUGUUGUUGCGCAACAGUAAUCGUGUAGUGAAAAUCUGAUAUUGUGACGGGCCCAAAUGAACAAAAUUUGAACCCCAAUGACUUUAAUUGAAUAUCAAAAAAAAAAAUUCCUCUUUAAUUUUUCAAAGAAAAAAAAAUAAGGUUUAGAAUGACAUAGGAGAAUAAAUUAUCACAAAUUAAAAUUUCAGGGUGAACCGUCCGUUUAAGGUGAGAUCGCUCCUGUGAUUUUAAAAAUUUAAGCUUACAGCAUGUCUGAAAGGUCAGAUCUUAUAUAUCAGGGGAAAGAUCGCUACAUUUAUGUACUGCAUAUUUAUUGGUGACUUAUAACAUGCAACCCCUGCAGACGUCAGCACAGGAAAUAUAGCACACGUUCAUAGUUUGUUCAACAGGAUUCAGUUAUAUGCAGCCGCCUGAGCAUAUCUCAUGUUAGGAAGACUUGACACAACAAAUCCUAAGGGACAGAAUAGGGACGUGUCAUGUUGGGUUAAAAAUUGAGCGUAUUGAACGAUAAUAUAUCUGUUUUUGGCAUAUGAAAGAAAAUCUGUUUGACUUACCACCAGGAGAUGUUUUAUUGGUGGCUUGAUAAAUUAGGAUUGUUACAGUGUACCCAAAGCUGUGUAAGAUAAAUAAAUUUGAUCGCCCAGAUCUAAACCAAUCUUGAGACAUAGUUGCGAAGAAUGUGGAUUUGUUUUAAAAACAAUGAAAGAAGUAUGUGUUCCUCUUAUUGCUGCUCAAAUGCCCACUGACUGGGUUUUGUCUGUCUGUUUAAUGGCAGACGUGCCCAGUGCAUUUUGCCAUGAACGUUUCAUUAGGAUUAGACCAAUAUCUAUAUCAGUAUUCAUGCCUGUUCAGGUGAAACAUUUUGUGAAAAUAUUCCCUUGACCACCCCACAAAGCCCUCACGUCCCAUGAUUUUUCACAUUUAAAAGACAGUUGCUGACUUGAAUUACAUUUUUUCUUUUCUUUUUUUUUUUUUUUUUUUUUUGCUUUGUUUAUAAAAAAUAUAUGUAUCCAACUUAGUUUUUUGUUUGAUUCUAUGAGGAUUUAUGUUGAAAAGAAAAUGCAGUUGUGUUACGCAAUGGGGCAGGCCUGUUUAGCCAGUCGAAUCAGGGACCCCAAGCUCCAACCAAUCACAGGAGAAGCUGUGUGAAUACUGGGCGGAGUCAGGAAUAGAACUCCAACCCCACACGCCUGUUUCCCCGCCCAAAUGAUCCGAUUAGCCCCUUUUCAUCAACCAAUAAAAAAAUCCUGCUAUACCCAAGACCUCCCUGUCAGCAUAAUUUCUAAUCUACAAAUAAAGACUCUUGUAUAUAUGAAACUGUUUUGUAUAAAUAAUUACUAUUUUCGACAUCUCCAUUAGCAACCAGGGCACAAUUGUAAGUCUGGUUAAAGGUAUAACUUUAAAUGUGAGGGGAUUAAAAAGACAAAAAAAGUAUAAAAUCUAACAAAAAAUACUUUACACCUUGAGUUUUGAAUGGGGCACAUAAACCCAGACCAGACGUCUGGUGUUUGAUUUAUCUUUUCCUUUUUAUAAUUUGUCUUAUGUUUUUAUUCAUUUAUGUUGUUGGUUGUUUUGUUUGUUUUUACUUUUGUUUUGUUUCUACCUUUUGGUUAACUUGACGAAAAAUGGCAUUGCAUGCUCUGAAUAUUUUGCUGGUUAUUAAAAGAAAAAGGAAAAGGAGACAAAUAACUAAAGGGGAAAAAAGUUUAAAAAAUGCGGAGGGGAUUCCUAAACUUUUAUGGAAAAGUUGCUUCAAUUUGCAAUUGCUUGUGUUUAAAUAUACAGUUUUUUUUUCUAUGAAAACAACACAAAAACAGAAAAAGAGUACUCCAACACCUUGUGCAAUAAAGCUAUCUUUCUAUGAA